ACUGUCAUCAACCCUAUGUAUAUAAGCAGCGGCCAGACUCGUCGUCAGUAUCAAGCACCCCUCGCUACCAUAAAGAUGGCAUUCACUCUUGGCUCAUUGGUCCUCCUUUGCGGGAUCAGCGGACUGCUGACUGGAGUCCGGUCCGCCACAAUUGGUCCUGUGAAAGCCUUUUACUGUCCAAAUGACUGGACACUGUUGAAGAGUUCCUGUUACAUCUACCAAGAAGCGAUGAGAACGUUUUCGGAUGCUGAGAGCAUCUGCAACAUUCUUGGUGGGAAUCUGGUCUCCAUUCACAAUGGUCUGGAAAAUGCGGUGGUUCUUGAACUGAUUCGGGCGGCCGGUGAGGCCGACGAAGCUUGGAUAGGUUACACCGAUGCAAUUGUGGAAGCCGAUUUCAUAUGGACCGAUGGCUCGGCUAAUUCCUUCGAAAACUUUGGUGCAGACGAGCCCGAUGACGACGGUGACUGUGUAGUAAUGGAAAGAAAUGAUGGAGAGUGGGACGAUGUGGAUUGCGCAGAUACCUUCCCGUACGUUUGCAUCAUGGAUGCGUCUCGUCGCUAAAUGUCUUCGCCUAAAAUGUGGCCUUGAUAUUUUUAGGUUCACUUUCAACUUUUCUUCUCCUCUUCUUUCAUGCGUAUUUGCUAUUGUGGGAACAAACAAUCAAUGCAUAAAGAACUAUCAGCAUCCAAA